AAAGAGACAACCUCAUUAUUACCAGCAAAGAGACCGGCGCAUGUCAUUGUGAUCAAGUGGCGGUGCGGCGCUUUAUUGUAGAAGUGGGGAGCCGAGUCGAGUCGAGCCGACAGAGGCGAAGAGGAAAGACAGCAAUAACUAUGCUACUCUCUGCUACCGUAUUAUUCAAGGCGAGACUUCCUAUGAUUCAUCAUGUCGGAUUUGCCCUUUUGGGUGUUCUCCUUUCAUCAACGGUCUUUGUGGGAGGCCAAAGAGACAAAACGAGUUGCUACGAAAAAUACCAGGAGGCAUUAUCGUGCAAUUCCACCGUGCCUUCAGAAGACAUGCUGACUACUGUUGACGACGACGAAAUCGAUUUUAGCCGCAAGCAAGACAUUUUGUGGCUGGAGGAAACUUGCAAGCGCAUCGAAGAAGUGGUAUUCCAAAACGAGCUUAUCUUAGAGCCUGACCAGCAAGCAGAAUAUUUGUCAGGAUUUCUUGCCUCAGAGGAACUGUGCAAAGACAUACCAGUUGCCUUUCCACACUGCAGAUUCUGCAAUGCUACAGUAUUCCUGGAAUGCCACUACCAAUUUGAGGAUGACAGCGUUUGCAUCAGUAAUGUAACUCGAGAACAAGUGCUGGAAGACAACCCAACCUACUGGCAAUUUCAAAGCAAUCAAGACAUUGAGAAUGCCUGUCAAGAAUUGAGCCAAGUACCAGAGCACAACUAUUCUCUCCCUGGCUAUUCCGGGCCACGCACAAAAGAUCUCUGCGAGAAGCAAGAUCUCGUGAAACAUCUCUGCAAAGAGUGCACCGAUGGGACAGCACUCUGCUUUGAUCAAAUUCGACACCCCACUCAAUGCAAUCCAGAUUUGAUUCAUGACAAGAAUACCACCAAACAACAUGGUGAAAACUGUGCCGUCAUGCUCGAUAUCCUGUCUGCAUUGAUUCCAGACAAGGCAACACUACUCAACACGUCAACACAUUUAGACAAACUGGCAAUCUUGGAUGGAGAUCAUGAGUGGUGUCCAGAUUUUAGACAAGCAUACCCACAUUGCCCAUGGUGUACCCAGGAUUUCUGUUUCGACAAUGCCCAUCCUCCCUCCUGUGACACGCCAACAACUUUUGGAACACGUGUGGUAGUAGCCGACAAACAUGUUCUUGCCAGCAACAAAACGGAUGAUGAUGACGAACUAGCAGAGAAUGUAUGUUCCUAUCUCUUCCGAAAGUUGCUAACGGCAGCAGCCCAGGAUUUGUACUUUCACGAUCUCUACAAUAUCUCUGCUCAUGCAGAUCUUAUCCUGAUUCCAAACAAUACGGAUCGAUGUGACCAGGCACGCCAAUACUAUCACCAAUGUUCAUGGUGCAGUGACUUGGCCAAGAACUUGAGCUGCGGGAUGCUGGAUCCAUGUACUAGCAACAUUUCCAUCCCAGAUGGCUUCAUCCCAAAAUCGGUGACGGCCCUUAAUGUGUCUGGAAACCUUACAGGGCCUUUGGAGCAGCACUGCGAUUAUUUCCUGAAUAAAUUGGAUCUCACCAAUCGAGACAAUGUUCCAAUGGGAGGUUCCCUCCGAACCUGUUUGGACGAUAUCUUCUUUGCGGACACCUGUGCGUAUCAAUUUUGUCCAAAUCAAAACAUCACACCUCCAGAUACAAUUGACACAACCUACCUUGGUGCCACAAGCGAUGCAAAGGCAAAAGCUCUGAUCUGGACAUCGCGUGUUUCUGCGCUGCUUUCAUUCCUAGGAGCAUCCUACAUUCUGUAUGACACUCUGUCAGAUAAGAAAGCAAGAACAACAACAUACCACCAACUCCUCGUCGGUAUGGCCACAUUUGAUAUCGUGACAGCCUUUGCUUGGAGUUUUGCCACUUUGCCAAUUGACGCUGACAAAGCGGGACAUGUAGAGGGUGCCAUGGGAAAUGCAGCUACCUGCAAGACCCAGGCAUUCUUUAUCCAGCUGGGGUUCACAUCUGUGUUCUUCAAUGUGUCACUUGCAAUCUACUAUGUUCUGGUGGUUGCCCAGGGCUGGAAGGAGUUCCAACUGCAGAAGAUCCGUCUAUAUCUCCUUUCUGGCCCAGUGGUUGUUGGAUUGGGCCUUGCAUUUGGGGCACUCCCAAUCUACCACUGGUUGGAGUAUGGCUGCCAUAUUGAAACCCCGCCAGAGGGAGAACUGUGGUCUGCACUAGUCUUUGUUGUCUUGCCUUUAGGCAUUUCCAUUCUAGCAAUCACAGCUUCCAUGAUGACAGUGUACUGCAAAGUGAGGAGUCAAUCUGCAGCUGCCAGAAAGUGGACCAUGGGAGUAAGCAAGGCCAGCAAAAUGGAACAAGCAGUGUUUUGGCAGUGUCUCUUUUAUGUCACGGCCUUCUACAUUACGUGGCCUCUCUUGUUCAGUGUAUAUCUUGCAUCCUUGGACGACAAGGUUAGGAUCUUUGGACUCUCAAUGACUGUAGCCUUUGUUGCACCACUACAAGGGUUCAACAACUUCUUGGUCUACAUCCGCCCAAAACUCGCCAGGAGAACAGAAGAUGACCUGAACAGGGCAAGUGCGUUUGUGACAACUUAUUUUACAACCGUUGCAGCAAGACUUCUGGCAGUGUCCCCAUUUGAUAGCGGGCAUGAUAUGAAUGACAACACGAGGGGCCUGGAUCCAUCAGCUGCUAUAGCCCUGUUCGGCACUCAAUCAUCAGGGCCUCCCUCCACCUGGCUAUCAAGCCAUAGAGAUGAUGUGUAUGACAAAAAUGCUGAGAGUUUUCAUGAUGAACCCGAGUCUGCAAUAUUCGAAGCCAAUGAUGGCUUGGCUCCCCAUGUUGGCUCAAAUAGAGAUGGUGUCUAUGACAAAGGUGAAGAUACGGUGUGUGGGGUUGCUGAUGAGCAACCUGGCAGAGCAGAAGAUGACUAUGUACCUAGGGGAGGAGGCAGAGGUGACCUCGUAGAAGAGAAGAAAGUUGAUGAUGUUGCGGAUGAGGAAGCACAGGGCAUUGAAGAGUCAAGCGAAGGCCUGCUUGAUGAUGAUAAGGGAUCAAGUGAUGUUCCUGUGUACCACAACAGGCAGUUUCAGAGGAGCUGGAGUCAGUAUCUUCUUCAGCCAGAAAGAUGACACCAUAUCUCACAUAGGCAAACUACACAAGACUUUUCUGGAUGUUAGCAGUUUCCUAAAUUAGUUUAAAAAGUAACAUCUCGGGUGCAACUAAGGUUCCAGAACUACCAAGAAGGACUGCAUAAUCUGGAUGGAAAUUUGAAAUCAU